AUGCUCGGGGGCGUAUCCUCAUCUCGGCAGUUCUCACUCUGGGGCUACGGCAAGAAGAAGACACCCGAGGAAGAACCCGUGGCCUCAAAGCCGGAAACUACCACAACCACAUCCGAGGCCGGCCGUCCCGUAGACCCAACCCCCGAAAACGUCGUCCCCUCGCCGCCCACCGAGCCCGCAGUCCCAGCGUCCGAAGUCGACCUCUCCUCCAUUUCCGACAUCGUCAACGGGCAGGACAUUCUCAACAUGUCCGAACAGAUCGGAUACCUGAAAGCCCUGGGUCUAGAUUUCGGCACCGGCCCCACGUCUGUCAUGCAAUGGGCCCUCGAACACGUCCACAUCUAUAGCGGCCUCGGAUGGGGGGCUUCCAUCAUGGCCACGGCCGUGCUCCUACGCUGCAUCAUGUUCUACCCGCAGGUCCGCAGUCUCAAGUUCAACGCCGUCAUGCAGAACCUGCGCAAGGACCCCCGGUCCCAAGAAGCCAUGAAGUUGGUCCAGCAGGGCUUCGCAAACCAGGACAACGAGAUGCGCCAAAAGGGCCAGUAUCUGAACAAGAUGCUCAAGGAACAGUACGGCGUCAACAACUGGGGCAUGCUGUGGUCCUUUGGCCAGAUCCCGUUCACAUUUGGACUGUUCCGCAUCGUCAGCGGCAUGGCAAAUGUUCCCGUGCCGGCCAUGGAGACCGCCGGAUACCUCUGGUUCACCGACCUGACGGCCACCGACCCAUACUUCAUCCUCCCUGCCGCCGGUACCGCUCUCAUGGUCGGCGCCCUAGCCAUCAAUGCCAAGCACACCCCCGAAUCGCAAAAGAAGAUGCUCAAAACAAUGACCUACGUCUUCGGCGCCGUCGGCUUCAUCGGUACCACAUUCCUCUCCGCCGCCGUCAACCUCAUGACUGUUGCCCUCGGCGCAUCCACCCUCAUCACCGCCAUCGUCCUCAACAACGCCCUCGUCCGACGAACCGUCGGCCUACCCCCCCACCCUACCGCCUCAUCCACCGCCCCCCAGAAAACCACGUACGAGGCUCCCCGUGCCGCCAACACCCCCGAGCCUGGUCUCCGAGAACGUCUCGAAUCCAGCCUCAACGACAUGAAGAAGGGCAUGUCUGACCAAAUCACAAAUUACACGGGAACGUAUAGCGGCACCGACGAGGAAAAGGCUGAGAGGAAGCGAAAGGAGCUGAUGCGCAAGCUGGAGGAUACCCGCAAGCAGCAGGAGCGUGAGGAAUUUGAGAAAAAGUACAAGACAAAGAGCUAG